UUUAAACCACAAUUAGAGUAAUGGAGCCACUUGAAAAGAGUCAGAAUAAAGCCUGUGCCUUUUGCCUCCUGCACACCCUCUUUAUUAACAUUUCACUGUAAAUAUAUGAAUAAAUGUAUGAAACUAUCUGAAAUGCAAUCACUUGUGGAUAACUAGAGAGGUGCAACAUAUUUUGUUGUGGCUGUGAAAAAAACAAAAACUUCAAACCCCCACCACAGCUGAACGCCACGUGAAACCUCUUCCUGGCUCUUGUCAGAGCGGUUUCCUGUGUCGGGUGUGCCACUCCACUUCAAUGCGUAGACAAAACCUUCGCAGUAAUUCACAAGCAGUGGUGGAUAUCGCAGUUUGAUGCUCUCGCCUGGACUCUCUCACAGAAGCAAAAGAUGUCAAACAAUACCUCGCUAGGAUAUGGAACAGCCUACUUCGCUCUAAUUUUUGGAUCUGUUACGGCACUGGGUCUGCCUCUCAAUGCUCUGUCACUCUGGAUUCUGCUCUGCCGCCACAGCCUCACAUCCCCCAACAUUGUCUUCAUGGUCAACUUGGCAGUCUCAGACCUGCUGCUCGUCAUCUCCUUGCCCAUGAGGGUCUACUAUUACGCCUCGGGCACCUGGCCGCUGGGCAAUUUUGCAUGUGUCUGUACCGCAAUGCUCUUUUUCAGCAACAUCCGCUCCAGCUCCAUCUUCAUCACUUUCAUCAGCGUGGACCGACUGCUGGCUGUGGUUUAUCCUCUGAGGUCACGCCUUCUACGAACCUCGGCCAACGCAUGGAGAGCUGUUGUGCUCCUUUGGCUGUUUGUGUUGGGGCUGACCUUACCGGAGAGUAUGUCAUUAUAUACAUUUUUAGGCAAGGAAAAUGGUUCAAAAUGUUUUGAAUAUGAUCACCGUCAGGAUGGUUUAUAUCCCACUGCAUAUGUUCAUGUAGUGUUAGUGUUUACCAUGCUGGCAGUCAACCUUGUGUGCACUGCCAUGGUGUAUUGGACCCUACGCAGACAUCUGAAGGAAUCUUCCAGGGUCAACAACAAGUUGAAUGUCAUGGUGAUUUACAUCAUGAACCUGAUGAUGUUCAGCGUAUUUAUCUUGCCUUUUUCACUGGUAGCUUUCUCCAGAUCACGGGCUGUUUAUCUCACACCACUGACAUGUCUUGCUAGUUGCAACUGCUGUCUGGACCCACUGUUGUAUUACUUUUCCUUUGAUGGCUUCUGGAAGAAAGACGAGGAUGUGGAAAUCCCUCUGCAAGAGAAUAGUUUUCGAUGACAAUACACAGUGACAGGUGGAAACACCUCACAGAAUGUACAUGAUUUGUUUGUGUGUGGGAUG